AGUAGAAUCGCGCCCAUCAAGUCUCUACGAAAAGUAAAAAAAAGAGGCACUAAUAUUCAGACAAGAUGAGACACAAGUAACUCCGAACAAGUAGAAGAGAUAGAGAUCACAAUAAUAUGAUCCUCCGCGGCCGCCGGCGCGCCGGCCGGCUUGAUGGAGCACCAUCUACUUGGACUUCCCGAACAAGAAUGCCUUCAGGAAGUAGAAGUGCCUCAACGUCUACAGGAUCAUACCAAAGAAGAGGUCUUUUACUACUUCUCUUCUCCACGACUGCUGGGAUAGAAGUUCUCGUGAAUGCGAUUCGAAUAGCGGUAUCAUCAAAAUCAAGGUCGCAAGAUGAACGACAUCAGGUAUCCGAACAACACGAGCAUCCAUUCACGGGAUGGUCAUAUCUUCAUCAUGGUCAGGACUGGACUUAUGGGCAAUGCAGUUCUCGCGAGAGGCAGUCCCCGAUUGACUUUGACGCAUCGGCUCCUUGGAAUUUGAACCCGCCUGAUCCGGAACAAUACUAUGCGAAAGCUGGGAAUCGGUACUUUGGAUUGUGGAUAAUAUUCGUAUUCUACGUACUAUGGGAAAGCUGGGAAUCGGUACUUUGGAUUGUGGAUAAUAUUAUUCGUAUUCUACGUACUAUGCGAAAGCUGGGAAUCGGUACUUGAGGUGGAUAGUACUAGUACCAGUACUCUAGCCGGUCUAGUAUUACAAGAUGAAGAUAAUUCCUUGUUAGAUGUAUCGAUUAGAACGGGAAAACCAACAACAUUCAACAGUUGGAAGUAGAUGAGCAUUGUCUUAAAACCUGAACAUGAACAUUUGCGGUGAAACUGAAACCACUUAAAGAAACCACUAAGGCUCUCGUUCACAACCAACAAGCAACUCGUCAGAUUCUAUUUCAACUAUGUGGACGUGGAUAUGCCAGUGCCCUUCCAGAACGAUGGGCAUGGCUUGUCGGUAAAAUUUGCUGGUAUCGGAUUGGGUGGCAUUACUUUUGAUUAUGAGACGGAACAAACUUAUUGUCAGUCUGCAUAUGUUGAAAUGCUAAUCUAUCAUGCAAAAUAGAAUAGAUGUUGUUAUGUAAUCACGUUUCUCUUUCCUCACGUUCCCCCUUUCCUUCAUUCUUGAGACGGGUAUUACAACCUGGUGAGUGCGAAUUUUCACACGGGCUCGGAGCAUACUUUCAAGGGUGAACGCUAUCCGUUGGAGGUGCAUCUCGUGCACAAACGGUACGACAGUGAAGCACUUAUUGUUAUGGACGAGAGCAGAUGUACUACACCCAGAUCUGAUGUAGGAGAACAGUACACAACGACCCAACAUGAUGGAUUUGGGCACAAGAAUAAGUUGUGAAGUAGCAUCAUGUCAUGGCAUGUCAGCGGUAAUAAAGUUUUUCGGUAUUGAAUCAGGAUCUCACGUACCGUUGACUGCUUAGCACAUAAAGAUUAUUCAUUCUAUCUUUAUGCACCGUUGACUGUUGAGCAUAAAAAAAUGAUUCAUUCUACUACUACUCCUACAUCAUCCUCCAAUCUAUUAGCUGCCUUACCAGUCAUGUUUCGGAACGCACAUGAUAAGACCACAGGCGCAGCAGAUGAGAACAGUGUGGAAGGUGACGAACAAGCUGGCUCAGCUCUGAACAAGUGGAUUGACACUCUGGCAGAGGGGUACAGAACCGCAAGAACAGCAACGAGGAAGGCAGAUGUGGAACAGCUCAAGGGAACAAUGGUGUUGAACAAGUCUUUGUACUUCUACUAUGAUGUGGAGUCUACUUAGUUGAUUGUUCAAUUGGGAGGCAGCAUGUAGUUCUAAGGAAAAAAAAAACUACACAGAUCUAUUUGUGCGAACGAAUGAGUGAGUGAAUGAAGAAUGAAAUGUGCUUUACCAAUCACAUCAACUGCAACUGCCUUCAACAACAUCUCAAGAGGAUUCAUGCUAGAUUAUGCUCUCCACUAUAUUCACGACCACAUUCAUUCACAUUCUCGCGUACCCAACUACCUCCAGGGCAAUCGUGCAGUUUUCGCUACACAACUCGCAGCACCACCAAUCCCUUACUCCAUCAACAAUUUCGUGGGAGACAAAUCUGACUAUUUCCGCUACAAAGGAUCCUUCACGGUUCCUCCGUGUCUCGAAACCGCUAUUUGGUUCGUCAAGAAGACUCCUCUCGUGGUUGUUACAGGGGAUGAUGGCGUAGCGUUUCCGAGCAAGAUGAAAGCAAGUGGAGACGCUUCAGAAGUCUCACUCCUUAGGCAUUUGUUGCUGGAGGAUUCUGCAGGCAAUGGCAAUUAUCGGGACGUGAUGCCGCGACAGGGACGACCAAUUACGUUGGUGCAAGCAGUGCAAGGUGAUGGACCCCCGAAGACCAUGCAAGAGGAUUAUGACUUUCAUCUUUUUGUGAAACGAAAUAGAAGUUGAAACAUUUUUGACGUUCAGAAGUGUAGCUCUCGUAAAUGACAACACAAGAAUUUGGUAAACAAAAUAGAAGGAGGUCCUCCUUCUUGUACAAACUGGUGUAUCGGAUGUACUUCUCUUCUUCCUCUUCUGGAACGUAGCCGUGGGUACUUAUGAACGUCUACAUAGACGAAACCGCCUCUAAUACAACGACCUUCCGCUUGCAGCGACCGACGUGGAUGAAGAGAUUGCGGAAGACGUAGAAAGCGGGUCCACAACAGCUGGUUCUGGACCUAUUGAACGGAUGCAACGUGGCCCGUCCGAGCGCGACCUCGAGAUCCAGCGUUUGCGCGCGAAACCAACAGUCUCGCCAUUUGAGGGGUUAAAGUCUGCGAGGCAGGCACAGAAUUAUGAAUUCGACAUCUUAAAAAUACUUUCUUUGCUCAUACAUGAACAUGAGACCUCCUAACGACCACGUCAUCAUGUGUCCUCCCAUUUUUGAAGUUGUUGUGCGUUGGUUGCAUCUCCCGAUGAGUAGUAACAGAUGUUGAAUGUGGUCUUCCUGGUCUAACAACAAGCUUCCCAAGCAGCCUUUGAUUCCGCUACCUUGAUCGGCGGAACAGCACAGAAGUCGUUGGAUCGAGACGUUGAGGAUCAGGAUUUUCUCAAGCGCACCUUUCAGGCUGCGGACGCGAAAGCGAUAGCGGCAGGUGUCAAUUUCAACGUUGGAAGUAGUGUCCUUGGCAGUUCUUCUCCGGGAGUGCCGAUGCCGAUGGCAGCUGUGGGAUCUGCAACUCCCUAAUGCUGGUCGUGGAGGUCUGGUCGUGUGAUACAACUACUUGAUCAGUCGUUCGAGUCAGGAAAGCGUGGUUUUUUAGGAAGAGGCAGAUGAGGACUUCUUCAGCGCUAGUGGUGGGACGAUACCUAUGUAUUAUCCAACUCUACGUGAGACGAUUCUUAGCUGUCUCACGUAGAGCUGGAUAAUAGGUAGUGCACAGCGGAUAGAUAAACAUAAAAAUGUACGACGGAAGAUAGAUGUUGUUAGCAGUUGUCUUAGGGGUGCAAAGAUACUUAGGCAUUGAUAUUGAUUUCCUUUUCUUUUCAUGAUCUGUUAAAUGAAGCCAAGUAGGCAAUUCUUUUUUCCGAUGUUGAAUGAUCGUUUUCGCGUGUAAGUCUUCCGAAGAAGCUAGUGAGGCUAAGGAAAUAGGGAUUUGUCGAUGGUCCGCGCUCUCCUGCGAGUUGAAAAUGGUGACAAGGCGUUGGUCUUCGAGUAAAGCGUG